AUGAUUUUCGGUCCGCAACUUCUUGUUGGUCUUUUGAACCUGUCCAGUCUUGCACUUGUUUCGGCCCAUUCCAGUCCUCAGUCCAUCCCCAUACGACCGUCAAUUGAGGCAGCUCCAUACAACACUGGAAGGGCGCUUCCUGUUUCUCCGACACGCGAGAGAGACCGAUAUUGCCAUGUCCCUGCCAGCUGCAGUAAUGGUGGAGAUGACGCUCCGCGAAUCCUUGCUGCCAUAAAGAAAUGCAACAACGGCGGUACCGUGGUUCUCGACAAGGUGUAUCGCAUCGCCUCUCCCCUGGACCUGACCUUUCUGAGACACAUCGACAUCGUUAUAACGGGCGAGAUUCAUUUUGCGGACGAGGACGUUUACUACUGGGCCGAAAACAGCUUCAAAUAUAAGUUUCAGAACCAGUCCGUAUUUUGGAAGCUCGGCGGCGAAGACGUCAACAUCUACGGCGAUCUUGGGAAUGACCAGUCGGUUAUCGAUGGCCACGGUCAAGCCUAUUGGGAAGAGAUCAGGACAAAUAAGAGCCUCUUCCGCCCCAUGCUGUUUGCCUUCGAUGGCAUGCACGGGGCAGUUAUGUCUAAUAUGCGCAUGAGAAACCCGCCCCACUGGUUUAAUAUCAUCGCCAACAGCUCCGAUAUAUUGAUUAGCAACAUGCACUUGAACGCAACGAGUCGUGAUGGGGUUGUGAUAGCCAAUUCGGAUGGUUGGGAUACGUAUCGAUCCGACCGUGUCGUGAUCCAAGACUCGGUUAUUUGGAAUACUGACGAUUGCGUCUCCUUCAAGCCGAACAGCACCAAUAUCGUGAUCCAGAAUCUUGUUUGCCAUGGGUCACACGGAAUCAGUGUAGGUUCUCUCGGCCAGUAUGCAGGGGAGGUUGACAUUGUCGAGGAUCUCUACAUUUACAAUAUCUCUAUGGCCAAUGCGAGUGACGGUGCGCGCAUCAAAGUCUGGCCAGGUAUUGAGACCUCCUUCCAGACCUUGCUCAAUGGUGGAGGGGGGCUCGGUCGUGUCAAGAAUGUAACUUGGGACACAUUCUACCACGAGAACAACGAUCGAGCAAUCACAAUUACACAGUGUUACGGGCAGAAGAACCAGACUCUGUGCUAUGAGCAUCCUGCAAACCUGACGAUUGAGGAUAUCACGAUGAAGAACAUGUGGGGGACAACCUCGGAAUCACUCGACCCGCAAGCUGGUACAUUAGUCUGCAGUGCUCCUGACCGCUGCGGCAACAUUCGUGCUGAGAAUAUCACCAUCAAUGUUCCCAGCGGGAAGCCGCCAGUUUAUGCUUGCGUCAACGUUGAUGAAGGCCUUUUGGAUUUAACGUGUGUCAAACCUGCAGGUGAUAGAGAUACAUCACAAGGGUAA